AUGCUACGUGAAGGUGCGACUCGUGACUCCCAGUCCGCCGAUCCUGGGAAGCUCUACGCCUACGUCGAGCCCUCCAAGGACAAGAAGCUCAGCGCCCUCCACGACUCCAUCGCCCUCAUUCGAAGCAACGCGCGGGUUGUGAGCGCGACUGAGUUGAUUAUCGAGAGAUAUCAGCGCCAUGCAAGCAUGAGCGAUCAACUGUGCGACGUUGUGUGGAAGAUUUCAAGUAUCAGGAAGUUCAAGGCCGUGAGCAAGAAGCCGAGUGGAUUCAUGUAA